AUGCUGCGGCGCCCGCUGGUCGGGCUGGUGGUGGCCGCCCUGGGUCGGGUCCCCGAGGACGGCAUGGCAGGCCCUAGGCCAGUAGUGCUGAGCGGGCCGUCAGGGGCAGGGAAGAGCACUCUGCUCAAGAAACUGUUCCAGGAGCAUGGCAGCAUCUUCGGCUUCAGCGUCUCCCAUACUACAAGGAACCCACGACCUGGUGAAGAAGAUGGCAAAGAUUACUACUUUGUGACCAGGGAGAUGAUGCAGCGUGAUAUUGCAGCAGGGGACUUCAUUGAGCAUGCUGAGUUCUCAGGGAACCUGUACCGGACAAGCAAGGAAGCUGUUCGGGCUGUGCAGGCCAUGAACCGCAUCUGUGUGCUAGAUGUCGACCUACAAGGUGUGCACAGCAUCAAGAAGACUGAUCUGCAUCCCAUCUACAUCUUUGUGCAGCCUCCCUCGCUGGACGUGCUGGAGCAACGACUGCGACUGCGCAACACUGAGAUUGAGGAGAGUCUGGCAAAGCGGCUGGCAGCUGCACGGACAGACAUGGAGAGCAGUGAGACCAAUGGCAAGGAGCCUGGCUUGUUUGACCUGGUGAUCAUCAAUGACAACCUGGAUAAAGCCUAUGCAACACUGAAGCAGGCGCUCUCUGAGGAAAUCAAGAAAGCACAGGGAACUGUCCAUGCCUGAAGGCCUGCUUCAUUCCACAGAGUGAUGCCUGUGGUCUAAAUUUGCCCGGAGGUGGGGGGAACUUCGCCAGGGCACC